CAAGAAAACAGCCCUUUGACAGAAGUCCUAUGAAGCACGGGGACGUCUGUUUAGGCGCCGUACCGGUACCGGAAACGUUUCGGGGACAGAUACUUCACGGGGACAUCACUGAUACGGUUUGGGGACGGUUAGAGAACUUAGUUGUUUCAUUAUGUUAGAUUCACUAUAUAAUUUUGUUAUUUUAUAAAUAUUUUAUAUUUUUACUAGUAUAUAUGCCGUCCCCGUAUCUAUAAUUUUUAAAUUUUGCUGUUUCCCGCCCCCGCUUCCGUCCCCGUUUCUGUCCCCGUAUCCAUCCCGGUGCAACAUAGGACAGAACUCAAUUGCCUAACACUCUUCUGGAUACUUUAACGGUUUGACUACAUGACGAUAUAACUGUUUUUAUUAUAUGAUCGAGACCACCAAUGUCUUCCCAAGUUUCAGUAGGAAUCGUAAAGAAUCCUUCUCUUGUUAACAAUGGUUUAAAUGAAAGAGAAAUCAAUGUUUAUCUGCCUAAUAUCAAAAUGGGCUGGUAAGCUAAUAUCUCUCUUUUUUUUUCUUUUUUUUUUUUAUAAAAGGCUUUCAUAUUAAAUAUUUUUGGUUUUUUUUUUCUAACAUACAACAGCUGUUAAGCUAAUAUCAAAAGCAGUAACUUAUUGCACGUAAAGCAUUCUCCUUGUCCGACAGAAUUUUGGUUAAAUUUUCUGCUGUUAUGCUAGUUUUUUCUUAAUGCUAGUUCUGAAAUCAACGUUUUGCCGACUAAUAACAUAUUGACCUACAUCCUCAUCUGAAAAUUUUAUUAAAUAUCGAAUACUAUUGUUUUUUCGUUUUUACAAACGAUACAUUAAGAGCAUGACUAUUUAGUGUGGGAAUUUGAGGAAGUGUUAUUAAGUGUUUCGUAUGAUUGACAUAAUGUUUAAAAAUUGUUGCGAUUACGGAUAAUUUUUUACUGGCUUACCUACAGAUGCAAAAAUUAAUUAAUACAAAAUAUUUAAUGGAGAAAAAGUUCAUUACAAAAUGAUAAUUUUAAAACACAAUAAUAAAAUUAUUUAUUUUUAUAUUAAAAUAAUUUUACAAGAAAAAGAAUUAUCCUCGCGUACCGUCCACAACCGCAAACGAUACCUUCAAUCAAUUUUUGAUUUUGAGAGGUUUGGGAUGGUAUGAAACAGUUUGUAGCGUUUUUUUGUGAUUGUUACAGCAAAGCUGUAUUUGCGGAUGGUAGCCGAAAAACCAGUCAGAUCCUUAAAUAUAUAUAUAUAUAUAUAUAUCACUCUAUAUUUAUUAAAGUAGAUUCAGAGAAAAAUAGACUUGUACCACUGUUUUUUCCGUUACUGGAACAUAAACAAAAGUACUAAUUAAACUACAAUAUUUAAAUUAUUUGCAUUUUUGCUAGUUAAUAGCUUACCUUACAUUGACUUGAUGCAGAACGACCUAGCACGAAUUCAAUGUUCUACUGGACCAUUAAGCGCAAAAAUAAAAUUAUUUUCUCUUAAAUAAAUGGAAAUCCUCACUCAUUAUCACCAAAUUUUAGCAAAAAUGAUAAUAAAAUAAAUCAUUUAAUUAAAUUCUUCGAUGAACAGGUUAAUCAUCUGUAAUGUCUUAAAUAAAACUAUUUUCUCUUCGAAGAAAAGGUUAAUCUCUCAAAAAAAAUAUUUUUUCUCUUAAGUAAAUGGGAUGUUUUGGAACGUCCAUGUGCAUCCUGGCACGAAUAUUAAUUGAGGAACCCUUAAUUGGUUAUAGUACUGUCCUUCGUCCUUCACAUUUGCAUUAAAUUGUCUUUUUCAUGAUCUCUCAUCGAUAUGCUACCAUUUUUUGGUUACUAGUCAUCAAUUAGUCUCAGCUUGUAGAUAUUGAAAUUGAAAUACGUGAAGGACUAAGGACAGUACGUGAUAGUAUCCACUAUUUGUUCAUCUCUGCAUACUUAGAUUAUUACGUUCGAACUGAUGUUUAAGUUAAAAUUAGCUGAUCAGAUUCCUAUUUUAGUUAUUCUUUUCUUCUAGGAAACCAUGGACGUCGUGUUUAUGUUUUGUUUGUUACGUAUUGUACUAUAUUGUAGGCUUUGGAGCAUGCAAAUAAACUAACAAUUGUAACUAAGUUUUAAACUUCAUACACGUAAACUUAGUUACAGCUAUUUCUACAAAAACUCACUUGGCUAUUAAAAUUUUGUGUUCAUUGGAUAUGUUUGCAACUAAAAUAAAUUCAGAGCAAUUUUAUCGUGUGACCUGAAAGUUUGUUAGAAAAUUUAGAAUUUCGGAUCAAGUUUGAAAGUUAGAUGCAGCCUCUGCGAUUAAUUUGUACCUUCUAACAUUUACACCAAAAAACUAGUUUGUACCAUUAAUCUGCAUUUAACAAAGUUUUAUUGCAUCCUAUAUUUGGCAUGUUUCUCAAGUUGAGCCAGAUGAAAAGGCCACCUUGUUUCUGAGAGCACCUUUGACCUUUGACGGUAGUUUUUAAGAGGAUUUCUCAAUAUUAAACUUAUCUAAAGGAUCAAUUAGUUAAAAAUAAAUGAAAUACAAUAAUCUAACUAAAAUGAUAUUAUUUUUAUUUUUUAAGUAAUUUAUACGGUCUGUCCCCGAUAGUGUUGCUCUAUGUUCUAUUGUUAUCUCAGUUCCAAAACAAAUUUAGAACAUUUUCAGUUUUUAUAUAUUUAGAAAACAAAUUAAAGCUUAUUAUAAAUGUAUUGUUUCAUUUUGUGAUUAACAAUUUUAAAAACGUAAAAAUGUGUAUUUUUAAAAAGGUUUUAUAUUUUCGAAAAAGAUAAAAAUGUCUAAAUGUACAACAGAUAAAUAUAAUAUAUAAAUAUACAUCGUAACAGAUAUCUAUUCCUUACAGACAAACCCACCUUACUUCACCCCACGCAUCAAAAUCUCCUUUCUUUAAUCAUGUAUACAUGCAUAUGUUAAAAAUAGUCAAAUACUUACAAUUUGUACAGAGAUAUUGCGAUGGUGUAAUCCAUCCCAACCUUAACAGAUUGUGUAAAUCAUUUCUAUGUUAUCCCCUUUUAAGGUUUGAAGUUUAAUUUAGUUUUGUGGUCGAAGCACGUAGUUAUGUAAGCAUCAACACCAACUUACGUUGGCCAUUACAUAGUAGAAAAAUGAUAGAUUUGACGAAUCUAAUUCCGUAGGUAUAUAAUUGCCUAAUAUUUUUAUUUAUUUUUUAUUUUUGAGACAAUUAGUUAAAUCUAUCCAAAGGAAGUCUAUAUUUGCUAACUGUACACUGAUUGAUGUUAAUGGUAUGAUAUAUGGUAUUUAAGCCAAGAGUAGACGAUUUUACUCCUUCCGUAACUAUGAAAGCUUUUGCUGCCAAUUCUGACGCGACAGAAAGCAAAAAUGUGCCAGCUGAAUAAAGUAGUGUUUGAAGUCAUAAAUUUAUAGUUGGAACGUUUUUAACCACAUGUUUCUAUCCAUAUUUACAAGUAUAUUAUUUAGAUAAAUGUAACUUAUGAAGAGAAACUAAUGGAGAAAAAAUAAUUAAAUAUGUUAUAACAAUAUAAAAAUAAUUACUAGGACAAACUAUCUCGCUAUACAACGAUCAAACAAACUAUCUCUCCACCAUGAUAUAACAAUAUGACUAACUCUUUUCUAUAUAAUAUUUAUAAUUUUGCCAAAAACAUAUUUGUCCUGCAAAUUUCUUUUUAUUAGUCUCAAUUUAGAAAAACUACGAACAUAUGAAAAUAAUAUAUUUGGGGGAUCUUCCAAUUCGUCUCACAACAACAACAAUACGUAAAAGUUUCGGCUGAUGUAAUUUGUAACGGCUAAGACAUAGUAUCAUAUAUGAUCUAACAUAGCAUGUACAAGAUAACAAAUUAUAUUCCAGCUAACAUAACAUGUACCAGAUAACAAAAUCAUCUAUCGAUUUUUUUAUAUCAAAUUAUAUAUCAUGUAACAGAAAAUGUACCAUGUAACAAUUUUUAUAUCAAAUAACAACAAGUCUAUGUAGCAUACCAAUCAUUUAUUAAUAAUUUGAUAUCAAACUAUGUAUAAGCUAAAAUAACAUGUAUCAUGUAACAAACUAAUUUAUCAGAUAAUAAACAAUUUAUAAAAAAAGUAUCAACUCGCAAACUAUGUAUCUACCAAUUUAUCAAGUAACAAACUAUAUAUGAAACAAUGUAUAAGUCGACAAACUAUUUACCAAAAUAUUUAUCAGCUACUAAAUUAAGUAGCAAUUAAUAACAAAUAUUUUAUAACAUCUUAUUUACUUCGAAAAAUACUCAUGAUCUUCUCAAAAGUUAAUUAAAUUCAUAAUUUAAAAAUUGUUAAUCGAAUUUGAAAAUAUCCAUAAUCUUCCCAAAACUUAAUUAAACUCAUAAUUUGAAAUUAUUAAUAAAAAGGGAUUAGGGAACAUAAGCUAGGAACAACAUAGAUUAUAUGAAUAUGUCUUGUCGAACAGAAACCAUCAAUGCAUAAACAAUUUUCAAUUCGAGUUAAUAAUCACUUCAUGUCCACGAAACUGACAACGCUUUUAACUGCGCAUAAUGUCUAAAGGUAUUAUAGUCUUGAAAUUAUUAAUCAGAAAGCAUGGAUAGUUUGCCAAUAAUAGAUGUCCGAUAGGUAUACAUACACCAAUUAACUCUUUAUUUUUCAAAACGUGAAAGUUUUCUCCUGUUCAAUAAUAGGACCUGUCUUGUGACUUGGACCCAUCAUAAUCUCUCUGAUUUUAUGGAGUGGUAUAUAAAUUUUUACACCAAGUAUACAAUGUUUUCAUGGAACUCACAAUCUAUAUAAAUGUAUCUCUCUAUAUAGAAACCAUCCAUAAAUACCCCAUAACCACAACUCAAGAAACCAUUCUUUACUCCCUGACUCUCUCCACACCCCUAACAGGAACCUAAAGAGUUAUAUAUAAACACAAGAAGAUAUUGCAAACACAACCCAAAGAAUCUCGAGAUUGUUUUUCCGAAUCAAAACAAAACCGGUUUCGUUUCAGAGAGAUUCAAAGAAAAUGGCGAUUAAAACCUUGACGGCGACCAUGCUAACACAAACGACUACGAUAAAGCAAAUUUUGAAGAGGUACUCAAGUUUGGGGAAGAAACAGAGUAGUGAAUUUAACGACAAACAUGAUGGACAAUCACUUCCUCUAGAUGUGCCCAAAGGUCACUUCGUUGUCUACGUAGGGGAGAAUCGGGUCAGGUACGUUUUACACAUUUCAUUUUUGACCCGACCCGAGUUUAAGCUUCUUCUACAACAAGCUGAGGAAGAGUUUGGCUUCGAUCACGACAUGGGCCUUACUAUUCCUUGUGAGGAAGUAGCUUUCAAAUCCAUUGUCACCUCCAUGCUGAUCUGAUCAAUAUAUGUUUAGCUCUGCUGGUUCUAGAACUUUUUUAAUUAGAGGAAUAUGCUUUGUUUAGCUUUUAAUUUUUAAUAAUAUGAGAUAAAAUCGGGUUAGUAUUUCCAUUUGAACGAGACUACCUCUAAGAGUGAUCAAUAAAACCAUCUUGGUUACUAUCUUGGAUUUUGUAGGGAGUAGUUAAGCAAAUAGUGUGAUAAAUAUUCUCUCCUCAUGGUGGUGUGACUAUUAUAUUAAAAUAUCAGUGAAUGCAUUUUGUUUUUU